AUGCGCUCCAUGUUCGAGCAGUUUCCCGAGGUGCUUCUCAUCGAUGCGACGCAUGGCACAAAUGCCUCCAACUACAAACUGUUUAGUUUCAUGAUCCGUGAUGCCAUGGGCAAAGGGCAGCACGUUCAGCACUGUAUUGUGGAGGAUGAGCGGAAGGAGACACUACGAAUUGCAUGUCAGCAGUUUAAGGAAGGCUGUCCGAGUUUCGGCUCCGUCGCUGUUAUUAUGAUCGAUAAAGAUUUCACGGAGUUGUCGGUGUUGGAAGAGGAGUUUCCUGGUGCUCGUAUCCUGCUGUGCCACUUCCAUGUCGUCAAGUACCUACAGGAAGAGGUUUCUAAAUAG